AUGCUUGGGCUCAGCGGACUCAGCAUUAUCUGGGGGGUGCGGGGUCUGUGUGGCUGCUCCGACUCCCAGUUUCGGGAUGAUCGCCAAACAGUCCUUUGCCGCCCUCCGGGUCUCCUGCUCUUGCGUGGCCUUCUGCAGGGCCCGUACGACUUUCCCCCACAACCCGAGGACAUCGUCUCCUCGGCAAGCGCUUUAGUGCGCUUGUCCCACACUUCGGGGUGGAGAAUAUCCACCGGCUGGUCAAUGAGCCCAAUUUGUAAAAGCCUCGCAACCGCGAGAGUAAAAUCUUUGGCUUUACAAUCAAUACCCCACUGCUUAGGUAAUUGUGAUACGACCUUCACAAGGGCUUCCAUCCUCCUUGUUGGUCCGGGAGCGUCCUCCCCGCCGGGCUGGUCCUGCCGCUCCGGCCGCCGUUCACCCGAUUCCAGGCGACUUUCCCGGGUUUCGGCACCACUUGUUGCCUUCGUUGGCGUGGCGACCUGGUUCAGGAACGGCACGGCGACCGACCCCAGCUGCAAAGUCGUUGCUGAGGGAAUGGCUCCGCCACAAAGGAUCCUCUUUCCCCCGGAGAACAUUUACAUGGACUGGCAGCAGCGAUGGAGAGCCGGAGCAGGACUCCACAACUCGGGCAACACGUGCUUCCUCAACUCCGUCCUGCAGUGCCUGACAUACACACCCCCCCCGGCCAACUACCUGCUCUCUCGUGAGCACAGCCGGUCGUCGCCGGUUCAGAGUCAGCCCGUGGCUGUAUCUCGAGGGGCAGAUAAAAAUUCAUCGGAAAAUGAACCCGCAAGAGACCAACGUGCUUUGCUACGCGAACCCCUCGGACACGGUCCUGUACCUGGGAAGAGUGGAAAAGAAAUCCAAGGUCAACCCGGGUGUGAAGAGGCAUCCUUACAGCCCUGGCAGCUUUUGAUUCACCUGGCUGGUGCGGCUCGGGGAAGAGGUGGGAGCUCCGCCAGCGGAUGA